AUGGUGCAACAUAUUGCCGCCAUAGAUGCUGCGGUGGUUGCAAUUUCCUGGGAUGACCUGCUUGAUAAAACGCGAGACGAUGUAGAAAUCCAAGAUAUUCUCAGUUAUUUGAAGGAUGAUACAUUAAAUUUAUUACCCGUUGCUUAUCGAAUUAUUUCUUCAGAACUGUGCGACGUUGGAGGAGUACUUGUUCGUGGAGACCGCAUAGUGAUACCUACUUUGCUGCGUCGGCGGGUAUUGGAUAUAGCACAUGAUGGGCAUCCAGGGAUGAGAAUGAUGAAGUCAUAUCUACGAUCUGCUGUCUGGUGGCCCAAGCUCGACAGUGAUGUUGAAACAUACGUCAAAAAGUGCCGUGGGUGUACCCUAGUGACUGUUCCUGAUGCUCCUGAACCAAUGAUUGGUUCUUGGGAGGAUAUAGCAGUUGACUUCCUUGGACCGCUGCUUGAAGAUCAACAUCUAUUCGUUGUUGUUGAUAGCUAUAGUCGAUACCUUGAGGUAUGUGAGAUGACACGUACGGAGUCUAAGGAUACUAUUGAUCGGCUUCGCGAAAUAUUUAGUCGCUACGGUGUUCCAUCACUCAUCAAAGCAGAUAAUGGGCCGCAAUUUUCCAGUGAAGAAUUCAAAAACUUUUGUAAGGAGUAUGGCAUUCAACUGGUUAGUACAAUACCCUAUUGGCCGCAAAUGAAUGGCCAAGUAGAGUGA